AUGCAUCCCCUGAUGAGUCUUUCUGUCCUCUUGUCCAUAUUUCUGGUUACCUGUGAUGGAAGGCCAUCAUAUUACAUUACAGCACCGAGUUAUAUUAUCCCCGGAGAAAAUACAACAUUGGCAGUCCAUUGGUUUGGAGAUAAGUAUUCUGAAAUUACAGUGUCUGCAGGGAUUAUGACUACAACUAGCAUUUUGGUGAAUGUCAGCCAAGUAUUCCACAAUGAUGCCAUUGGAACAAUCAGUAUACCUGCAAUACCAGCAGACCCCUCGACCACUACUUAUACACUGGCUGUCAUUGGCUGUGGUGAAAAUAUGCUAGCAUUUUCUCUGCGAAUGCAAGUGAAGAUGCAGACAAAGAGUGUAUCGAUAUUCAUACAAAUUGACAAAACUGCAUACAAGCCUGGAGAGAGUGUAAGAAUCCGAGUUAUCUCUGUAAAUCGUGAUCUGAGACCACAUAAAGGAGAUGUGGACCUUAUUAUCAAGGAUCCUAAGAAUAUUAUUGUCCAGCAGUGGCUUAAAAUGAAGCCAGUCGUGGGAAUUGUCUCAAAGGAAUACCUACUGUCAGACAGGGUUUUGUUGGGUGAUUGGAAGAUACAGGCCAAAUCAGAUAAAAGAAAAGUCUCUCAAAAGUUUGAUGUAAUCCUGGAUAUUCCAACUUUCUACAUUGAUUCAAAGAUGCUCAGUCUUACUGGAACAGUCACAGCAAAAUACGCCUCAGAUACACCAGUAAAAGGAAACGUAACAAUUGCGGUGAAACCACUGUAUAGUUUGGAAGGUUUAAAUGAAGUAAAUAAGACCUUUAAGAUCUCAGGAUCUAAGAACUUCAGCUUCACACGAGCAGAACUACAAAACGUGGUAAAUCGAGAAGGAAUGAAUGUAACAGUUUCAGUAACUGAAGAACUUACUGGUAUUGAAGUAAAUGCAGAAUCAUACAUAUUAACUGGAAAUUCUGAGUAUAGGAUAAAGCUCAUUAGCCAGCAGCCAGCUUUUGGUCCUGGUCUCAAUUUCACAGCUAAGGUUAAGGUAGAACGGAUUGACGAUAGACCCUUAAGUCAAGAGGAGAGAGAUGAAACAGUGGCUGUUAAAAUUUCUCAAAGGAGGAGCUCAUCAGACAGUUUUACCACAAUGCUACAAUACUCCAUUCCAGAAUCUGGCAUCAUCGAUUUGGAGUUCCCUGUUUUACAAUCUAUUCAAUGGAUAACAAUUAAUGUUGAUUACCAAAAUGUCAGUGAAAUGUUCAACUCGAAUGUAGUAUACACAAGGAAUCCUUUUAUUGAUAUCCAGAUACUAAACUCAUCCUUGAAGGUCGGGGAAGAAUUUAACAUACAGGUUACAACCUACCUGGAGAUACCAGAAAUCUACUAUGUGGUGGUAUCCAAAGGCUUGGUUGUGUUUACUGGAAGGAACAGCACAAACUUCAGCCUUAUUCCUGAAGCUUCCUGGGCUCCCUCAGCUCAGCUAACAGUUUAUUGGCUGAAUAUUAGUAACAAUUUUGCUGAUAUUAUGCAAAUAUCAAAAACAUUAUCAAUCAAAGGAACAUUAGACAACAAGGUGUCACUAUCGUGGAGUAAAAACAAGGCACAUCCCUCAGAACAUGUGUUCUUGUCUGUCAAUGUGAAGGAACCCAAUUCUUUGGUUUAUCUGCGAGUUAUGGAUAAAAGCUCUAUGCUUCUGCGAGGUGGAACUGAUCUGACUACAAACAAAGUUUAUGAUGAGCUGGCUUCGUAUGAUCAGGGUCCUCCAGCAAGUCUGACUGAUGCUGUGAUCCAAAAUAAAUACGAAUUUUUUUCCAUAUUUUUUUCAGAAUACACCCCUCGCUCUAGAGAAAAUGUUGUGUUGCCUCCAAGACAUAAAGAAAUUCCUCUACCAGAGAUUUGGAUCUGGCAAGACACUAAUCUAAGCUCAAGUUUAACUGAAAAGCAUGAUGUAACAGUACCGGACAGAAAUACAUCAUGGGUGGCCACAGCAUUUGUUAUUUCUGAGAGACUGGGACUUGGAGUAGCUGAAGAGUUUGUUGAGAUAUCAGUAUUCAAACCUUUUUUAAUGUCAUUAAACUUGCCAUAUUCAGUUACAAGAGGUGAACAAUUUAUUGUGGAAGUCAUCCUGUCCAAUUCCUUAUUUAAGAACCUACAGGUUCUGGUUUCUUUGGAGCUUCAUGACUCAUUCGAAAUAAUUGUACCAAAAAGCAUCUAUAAGGGAAGUGUAGCAAGCCAGCAUAGCAUAACUGUUCCCAGUCAGGGAGGAACAAGAGUCUUAUUUCCCAUAAGACCAAGGAAACUGGGAAAUAUUCCAAUCACUGUGAAAGCAACAUCCGAUGCAGCUUCUGAUGUUUUAAAUAAAAUGGUGCUGGUAAAGGCUGAAGGAGUGAAGUACUUUUAUUCACAGACUGCUCUAUUGGAGCUUAUUGGUCAUGAAAAUACAACUAAAACCGUAUCAAAGAACAUUUCAUUUAUGUUCCCUAAUGAUGUGGUGCCUGGCAGUGAACAGGCAUAUAUAACUGUUAUAGGAGACCUUCUUGGCCCUUCAAUAAAUGUUCUUGAAUCACUUAUCGAGAUGCCAAAUGGCUGCGGAGAGCAGAACAUGAUCAACUUUGCACCAAACAUCUAUAUCCUACAAUAUUUAAUAGCAACUAACCAGAUAAAAAGUGAUAUAAGAGAGAGGGCUAUAAACUUCAUGGAACGAGGUUAUCAAAAGGAGCUAACCUAUAGGCGGUACGACGGAUCUUUUAGUGCUUUUGGAAACUCCGAUUCCUCUGGAAGUACCUGGUUGUCAGCAUUUGUUUUCAGAUGCUUUCUUCAAGCCCGCACAUUUAUAUACAUAAAUCCAACUGUCUUAAAUGAAACGGUGGAAUGGCUGAUGCAGUAUCAAGACCUGGACACUGGUAUAUUCUCGGAGCCAGGACGGGUUAUUUAUGCUGAGCUUCAGGGUGGGCAAAAUGGUCCCAUCACCCUCACUGCUUAUAUAUUGACUUCACUGCUAGAAGAUAAGUACUACAGGACCCUCUAUGCAUCCAGAGUUCAGAAAGCUGUGCAAUAUCUUGAAAAGAAGUUUGAUGAAGGAAUUGCUAGUAAUUUUAUGCUAUCGAUAGUGGUAUAUGCUCUGUCACUGGCCAAUAGCUCUAAAGCACAUGAUGCUCUCACUCAGCUAAACUCAAGGGCAAACACUACAGAAGGGACCAAGUUUUGGUCUAAGUCAUCAAACUAUUCCUGGCAGCCAAGAACAACAGACAUUGAAACCGCAGCAUAUGCCCUGUUUUCCUAUCACCAGCAGGGCAAAAUAAUGGAUGGUAUUCCUGUUAUGAAAUGGUUAAGCCAACAAAGGAAUCAUCUUGGAGGAUAUUCAUCCACUCAGGAUACAAUAAUGGCUCUGCAAGCCCUGUCCAAGUUUUUGCUCUUGGUUCCAUCUUAUGAAACAUCUCUUACAUUGGCUGUUACUGGACCAGAUUCAUAUGUGCAUAACACCUUCCAUGUCAACAAUAAAAACCUUCUAGUGUUACAAAGUCAACAGAUUCAGGUUUCUCAGCCUUUGCUAGUCAAUGCCACUGCAGAUGGAAGAGGAUUGGUGAUUUUCCAGCUUAAUGUAAUGUAUAAUCGGAAGUCCUCGUCCAGGCGCAGACGAAACACUGUGAUUGAACCUUUCCUAUUAGAUGUGACAGUUAAGGAUGAGACAAAUAACAUUCAUAGGCUCUCUGUGGAUGUAUGUAUGAGCUUCCAGGGAAAGGGGAAUGAGAGCAGCAUGGCAUUGUUAGAUGUUGGUUACCUCAGUGGGUUCACUUUGAGCCCAGAAGGAGUUAUUAGUGUUCAAUCUCUAAAACUGGUUGAGCCAAAAGAAGGAAAAGUUUAUCUUUACCUGGAUUCGGUGACCAAAGAGGAACUCUGUAUAUCUAUUCCAAUGAUUCGUUUUGCAAAGGUGGCAAAUUCUCAAGAUGCUGUUAUUAAAGUCUCUGAUUACUACAAUCCAGAAAUGUCCACUACUCGAACAUAUAAUUCUUUGACCAUGCAACGGAUAUCUACUUGUGAUUACUGUGGAUUCAACUGCACCCAGUGUACAUCAAAUGAACUAAUGUUACCUCUGGGCAGCAAGACUACUGUGCCAACAUUCAGCCUUUUAUGGUUCUGCAUAAUUGCUAUAUAUUAUGUUGUAUUAAUGUGCAUCCUUUUCUAA